AACAAAACAAACGAGCAUGGACCAUUAAUUUCCUAUUUUUGUUAAAUUUUAAGCGAAAUCUUCAUUAAUUCACCAAUUAAUUGCUCAAAUCUCAACAAUAAACUCACAAUUUUUAAGUAAAAAGUGCAAAAUCUUCCAAAAAAUCAUGAGUUUCAUCAAACACAAAGACUUUAUCGAGGAAGGAGACACCGUGAUUCUCUACUUGACUGUUUUUAACAUGCAUGCCAUCGAAGCACGGACCACAAUUAAGAACAAGCUCGGCGAGAUGGUCGAAAAUGUCUUCCAAACGACGUACGGCGCCUUAAAGCUCAAGGACAUCAUUGGCGUGAAAUACGGCACAAAGGUCAAAUUAAGUCGCGGCUGGGGCUACAUUCUUCAACCGACUCCCGAAUUGUGGUCCGUGACGUUGCCACAUCGCACGCAAAUCAUCUACACGCCCGAUAUCUCGAUGAUUUUAUUCCAGCUCGAAAUUAAGCCGGGAAGUGUGGUCAUCGAAUCGGGCACCGGAAGCGGGUCAUUGUCCCAUGCGAUCUUGAGAGCGAUUAAACCUCACGGGCACUUGCAUACUUUCGAUUUUCACGAAGUUCGGUCCCAACAGGCACGAGAGGAAUUCCAAAAUCACGGUUUGGGUGACUUUGUGACGUGUUACCAUCGCGAUGUUUGUGCCCUCGGCUUCACGGAAGAACUUAAUGGCAAAGCUGACGCCGUUUUCUUGGAUUUGCCAAGUCCCCAUGAAGCACUGCCGCAUGCGAAAAAUGCCUUAAAAGAGUCGGGUGGUCGUUUUUGUUCCUUCUCGCCGUGCAUCGAGCAGUCGCAACGUGUUUGUGAAUUGCUGGAUUCGAGUGGAUUUGUGGAGAUUCAGACGAUUGAGGUGCUGCAGAUCGAACACAUUAUUAAGACGAAGCAUGUUCCCGUGAUGGAUUUUGAGUGCGUUAAAACGAAGCUCUCCGACGACACCAACGCCAAGGACAUCGCCAGCAUGAAGUCAAAAGACACGAAAAAAUACGUCUCUGAGAUGCCUCCCCAAACGAUGCCCGGUCACACGGGUUACUUAACAUUCGCCACGCUUCCCCCACUUUUCGCGAGAUAA